CAAAUCUUAAAGACCAAAUUGUGUUUAUUUAUCUGGGUAUUGACGGGCUCAAUUCUCAUAAUUAUUCCACCAUGAAAACUGUUAAAAAUAUGUAUGAGAAGGUAGAAAUACCAUUAAUUAGUCAUAAAGAAAGCUGCAAAAACCUGCAUUGGAGAGCAUGAAAAAGCACAUUGUUACAAGUGACAUUUGCUUCGGAAUUGAUGAAGCAUUCAUUCCCUGCUUAUCAAACCCACCAUUCCAAUUCUCAGAUUUUUCUUCCCUUAAAUUGUUACGGAGCACAAUUUCAAAACUUGGAAGGUACAAAAUUACCUAAAAAAAGAAGAAAAAAUCAAAACCCUUUCUUGUUUUUACACAAUUAUGCUUUCAAAUUUGAAAUUAACAUCAAAUUCUUUAAUACCCAUCUUAUAUGACCUUAUUUGAUGCAAGAUGCUAUGAAAAUGAAGGAGGCAGGAACAAAAAGUCGGAUUGAGUGCAACAAUUCUAAGGCUAAGUAUGAAAAUAUGCUGAAGAUUCUGGAAAGAUAUAUGCAAGGAAAAUUAGAGGGAAAACCAGCCAAGAUUUUCAAUACAGAAGUGGAGAAAAGGCUUGAGAUGAUGAGGAAAUUAUUAGUACAAAAUGUGGGAAUAGACAACUUAGAAUUUCAAGAAAUCAACUGCAAGGACUUCAAAUUCUUUAAUGAGAAUGAGAUGUACUCAAACAUCAAGCAAAAAAAUGCGAGUGAAGCUAUUAAUGUCCUGCACUUGCCAGUUGAAGGAGAACUUUAUAAACAGAGUGAUGACAAGAAUGAUGAUUCCACUUCGGUAACUGAUGAGUUUGUCAGCAUGUUAUCAGAAGCUUACAAGAACAAAUCGGAUCUUCAUUUCAUUCCAGCUAUGACGUUUAAUAAAAUUGUUGCAGCAAGAUUAGUUUUACUUGAUGAAAUCAAAAACAAAAUUGCGUCUGAUGAAGAGACAUUGGCAGAAAAAAUGAAGGGAAUGUGUCUGGUGGAAAUUCAGAGGACCAGGAAGUUACAGAAUUUGUUUAUAAAAGGAAGAUCUGAUCUUUUUGAUGUGAAAAUGGAAAGCUCUUUAUCCUCUAAUGUUGCACUUGAGGGCAAUAGUGAGGUUGUUUUGAAACUAAACCAAGCUUUAGAGCCUCAGACUGAAAAUGAUGAAGUCUCAAGUCAGGGCACUCAGGUUGAUUCAAGAAAGUUAAAACCAGGGUGGCUUGAAAAGUUUAUCAAGAAAACCUUCUUUGAGCCUUGCUCUGAACAUCCUAUUCGCCGGAAUGAGUUAAACAAGUAUUGUAUAGACUGUGAUACAUCUCUCUGCCAAUAUUGUGUGUCACUAGCUUCCCAUUCAGGCCAUAGAAUUUUGAAGAUCUAUCGCCAUGUUUACAAGGAUGUGGUUCCUCUUGAUGAGAUAGAGAGGCGUAUUGAUUGUUCAAAAAUCCAGCCAUACAGAUGCAACAGGCAGUUGGUCGUAGCUUUGACUCCAUUGCCACACUCAGGGGCGAAAACAAAUGAAGAGGCGGCAUGCCAGACAUGCAGAAGAAGGUUGAUUGAGUAUGAAUUGUAUGAUUAUUGCUCCAUUUCCUGUAAGGUGGGCGCAUUCUUGAAGAAGCAAAAUGAUUUUGAUCCUCCAUUCCUGUUGCUUGAUCAAGUGGAAGAAAAAAUUGAGCAAGUACAAAUAUCAUCAGUAUCGGCACCGCCAUCGCCAGUACCAACCAAAAUAGUGACCAAGACUCGCAAGAGAAAGGGUACACCUUAUCGUGCUCCUCUUUCUUGAGGAGUUUCUUGAGGAGAUUGAAAAAGUCUCUGCUCCAGUUUAGCUUGUGACCCUAUUUUCAAUUAGCAAUGCCAGAAUAUUAUCAAACCAAACCAUUAUUUUUUUAAAAUGUUGUUUAGGGAUGUGGCAUCAUCCUUUUUAUCUUCUUGCAUAGGUGCAUUUGAUUACAAAUGUUGCUGUCUUUAAUAUUAUGUUUUUCUUUGGAACAUGCUUAUUUUUGUUCAAGGAAAUUUAGAAGGAAAUGAUGUUUAAACAAGUCUAAAUAGCUACCGUCGUUUC